AUGGAAAUGCUGGGAAGAGGAAAGGAGGAGCGCCAGCAGUCCGGCAGACCAGGGGCAAGUCAGCUGGCAGCUGAUAGGCGAGGACCGCAGCGCCAGCGACAGCGCUUCCGGGCACGCGCUACCAACGACCAGGCCGGUAGGCCUGCACCCAAGCACGAGGUGAAGGUAGCCGGAAGCUGCACGGCGGGCACAGGCACAGGCACGAAAGAACCACAAACCAAGAGGGCAGCCGAAAGGUCGCCAGACUUGGCGGAGAUUGGCCAGUGCCAACCCAGCUGUGAGUCGGUGCUGGCAAAAGCACAUACGCCCGGUGCCCGGGACAGAGCCCAGCACAACCCACCAAGCAGCCCCAACAACCCACCCUCGAGGCAGACGACGCGCUGCGCAAAAAAAAAAAUGCGCGAGGGGCAGCAAGAAGGCACAACCAGGACAAAAGAUGCGGUGUGGCCAGCAGUCACGAGAAGGUACCUAGGAGGCUGCGGCUGA